AUGCCCGUCCCUUUUCUCGGGAGGCUCCAUCCCACCGAGUACCUCGCUCUCGUCGGCUCCUUUCUCCUCGUCGGGCUCGAGGCCAUCGUCCGCGUCUUCACGCUUGCCCUGCCUCCUUUCCUCGUGUCACUGUGCUAUCGAGCCUCGCGGCGCAUUUUCAACCGAUUCUCCUCGCCCGAGCAAAAGAGAGCCGAAAACAAGAGAAAGUCCAUAUCCACCUCGGUCCGAGAUGCGUCCGACUUUGUCGAGCUCUGUCGUCUUUGGGGGUACGAGGCUGAAGAGCACAUCGUCCAGACCACCGACGGCUACCUUCUCGGCAUCCAUCGUUUGCAGUGGAGAAGGGGUGAGGAAGACCAGAGGGUCAACCACGGGCCCACGAGCAUCAGGAAGCGAAUCGCCUAUCUGCACCACGGCCUGCUCAUGAACUCCGAGGUCUGGGUCUGCCUAACGGACGAGAAGAGGUGCUUGCCCUUUGAGUUGCUUGAACGCGGCUUCGACGUCUGGUUUGGAAACAACCGCGGCAACAAGUAUUCCAAAAAGGCUAUCCACAGCUCGCCCACGUCGGUAAAGUUUUGGGACUUUUCCAUGGACGAGUUUGCCUUCCACGACAUCCCCGACACCAUCUCGUACAUCCUUGACACCACGCAGCAAAAGAGCCUGUCCUACAUUGGCUUCUCCCAGGGUACCGCCCAAGCCUUUGCCACUCUAGCCAUCCAUCCCCGGCUCAAUAGCCAGGUCAACGUCUUUAUCGGCCUCGCCCCGGCCAUGGCCCCCGCCGGCCUCUCCAACGGCAUCGUCGACUCCUUGGUCAAGGCCUCCCCGUCUGUUCUGUACCUCAUGUUUGGCCGGCGAUCCAUACUGAGUUCUGCCACCAUGUGGGAGACGCUCGUGUAUCCGCCCCUCUUCUGCCGCCUCAUCGACAUGUGCCUGUCUUUUCUCUUCAAGUGGCAAACCAGCAACAUCUCGACCAGCCAGAAAUUGGCCGCCUAUCCUCACCUCUACUCCUUCACGAGCACCAAGAGCGUGGUCCAUUGGUUCCAGAUUAUCCGCAACCGCUGCUUCCAGAUGUAUGACGACGACGUGCACCAGCCAAUGAGCGUCAGCACGUCGCAAAAGUACUCCAAGGUCGCCAAGUACCCGACGCGGAACAUAAGAACGCCCGUCGUGCUGGUAUACGGCGGCAGCGACUCCCUGGUCGACAUUGGCUCCAUGCUCAAAGAACUGCCCCCCCAGACGGUGGCGACCGAGAUUCCUCACUACGAGCAUCUCGACUUCCUGUGGGCUCGAGACGUCGAUCAGCAAGUCUUCCAACAUGUAUUUGAUGCGCUGGACAGUUUCACCAACGCGGAGCAUACGGCAGAAGAAUACGAUCGGUACCGUCUUGUCAGGAACGAGAGUCUGAUAGGCUCGGGCUAUUCCUUUGUCAACCACCGGGGAAGCGAGAGCGAAACCUCGACCAUUGCGGGCAGCAAUGACGGUCAGCCUUCGUCUCCGCAAGUUCACCAGCAUCGGGCGAGAGAGCCGCACGACAGCAGCUCUCCCGGGAGCAAGCCGCCGAGCCGCCACGCGUUGUCGGAGACUGCAGAUUCUCGUGUGGGGAAGGCAGCCGAGAAGCUUAAGCAGGCUGGCUCUGGGAGACGGGCGGCGGCGGGCAAAUCUGCUACAGGCACGCUGACCGGGGCUGGAGACGUGGACGCCAGAGGUGCGAGUGCGGCGGGCGAUGCCAAGGCCCAGAACGGCGACAGUGCGGCGGCAGAGGACGUGGCUGCAGGUGAAGACGGGGAAGCGGAGAAGAAGCAACAGUGA